AUGUCAAUGAUAAUUGCUCAAACUCCUAAAACUUAUUUCGGUUCCGACAUUCAAAAUUCAUUAGGUUCUCUUCCCGGAUUUCCAUGGGCAAAAUACCCCGGAGAAAAACAUUUCCCCGGUCAUAAUUACACUGGUCCAGGUACAAGACACAAGUUUAAUAGAUGUCAACAUUUCAUAUCACGAAAAAUAUUUAAACCAUCGCAGGCAAACUCUGUGACAAAUAUCCGAGGUUUCAAAAUUGUUGAUAGAGAUUUCGAAAAUAGAACAAGUGGUGAAGAACAAGCGUUUUGGAAAAGGAUAUAA